GAAAGGAACUGGCCCAUCACUUCUUAAACAUUUGGUGACCCCAUAUAUAUCCUGUGAAGAUGCAAAGCUUUUCUAAUCUGGAGAUAUUUCAUUCCAUUCUACGUUGAUUAGGAGCAAAUCGUAUCUCGGGACACUUGUUGAAAAUGGCUCUCAAUGUCCCCGGUUUAAUAGCUGUAAUCGUCUUUUAUACCUUGACUUUAGCAACUGGACUGUGGGCAGCUUGGAAAGCAAAAAAGAAUGAGCAGAAAAAUAGACAGACAGAGAUUGCCAUUGUAGGUGGAAGAAAUCUGAAUGUGUUUGUUGGACUUUUCACCACAACUGCUACAUGGGUUGGAGGUGCAUACAUCAAUGGCACCGCAGAAAUCGUGUAUCUUCCUUCAAGAGGCUUGGCCUGGGUACAUGCACCCCUUGGAUUCGCAAUAACAUUUAUAAUUGGUGGACUUUUCUUUGUAAAGCCAAUGAGGUCCAAAAAAUAUGUAACAAUGAUGGAUCCCCUCCAGGAAAAGUUUGGACAAACGAUGGGAAGCAUUCUUUUUAUUCCACCACUACUUGGUGACGUAUUUUGGUUUGCAUCUAUUCUUGCUUCAUUAAACGCCACCGUGAGAGUUAUACUGGAUGUGAAUGGUUACCUGUCAAUCAUUAUAUCUGCUUGUACGGUAAUCUUGUACACUCUGCUCGGCGGGCUGUACUCAGUUGCGUACACAGAUGUGAUACAACUCAUCUUCAUUGUGUUCAGCCUGUGGAUUUGUGUACCAUUUGCUCUUCUAAAUUCAGCAUCUGAAAACAUUGCUUACACAGCAGUGCGGGAUCUGUACCAAGGGCCGUGGCUUGGUGAGAUACAGCCAUCCCAUAUAGCAAGAUGGCUGGAUGACCUGGCUUAUUUGGGUAUCGGAGGUGUUGCAUGGCAAAUAUAUUUCCAGAGAAUUUUGGCUGCUUCCACUUCCAGACAAGCAAUCCUUACCUCAUAUGCAGCAGGGUUCCUGAGUGCAGUCAUGGGGGUUCCGUCAAUUCUCAUUGGUGCAGUUGCAGCCUCCACAGACUGGAACCAGACCAGCUAUGGAUUGCCAACUCCGAAUGAGAGAGGGGAGUCCAACAUGAUUCUCCCCCUCGUCUUGCAGUAUCUUUGCCCCACGUUUGUAUCGGUGGCCGGGCUAGGAGCCAUUGCUGCAGCCGUCAUGUCCUCUGCUGAUUCAUCGCUACUGUCGUCUAGUUCUAUGUUUGCGUACAACAUUUACAAGAAGCUGCUCAGGAAGAAGGCUUCUGACAGAGAAGUUAUCUGUGUGAUGCGUCUCACCAUGGUGUUGCUUGGUACUGCUGGCAUGGGUCUAGCCUUUCUGUCAAGUUCUAUUUAUGACCUGUGGUUCCUGAGUGGGGAGCUGGUUUAUGCACUCUUGUUUCCACAGCUUUGCUGUGCCCUUUUCAUCUCCAGCACCAACACAUAUGGCUCAGCAGCCGGCUUCAUUGUUGGCCUUAUUUUGAGGCUUCUGGGAGGAGAACAAUCCCUAAAGAUACCUCCUCUUCUGCAUUAUCCAGGGUGCACUCUGAUUGAUGGCAUCUACGUCCAACUAUUUCCAUUCAAGACAUUCACAAUGUUGGUUAGCCUGACUACUAUAGUUAUUGUAUCAUACUUGGCGCAGGUUUUGUUCAUGAAGAAAGUGUUGCCAGUCCACUGGGAUAUUUCAAAGGUGUUUAGAAAAGAGAUAUUACAUCAUUCACAACAUGAGUUGCAAGAACAAGAAGCACUACAACAAAACUGAGAACAUUCAUAAAGUCACACCAAGUAAUCCAUGAACUUCCAAAAAUAAAUAAUAUGCAAUCAUACUGCUGGAUAAACAGUUUAUAUUUCUAAUUUAACUGUACAGAACAUAAUAUAUGUAGACAAACAAUCCAUAUUUGUAUAAAUGUACGGUGGAAAGAUAUCAGUUUCUACAUCAAAAUGAAUUUUUUUUCUUAUGAUAAACAGAUGUUAUUAUAGCUGAUAUCGCAAUAUGUAUUUAGCAAGGUCUUUGUCGAUGUCAAGAUAUUUAUAAUAGGGCCGAUUCUGGUCUAUCAGAUCUAAAAAACAAGAAUAUAAAAUUAAAAACUGUACAUAAUCUAAAGCUAUGUGAUAAUGUGUUAUUAG